AACAAACCUCAAACGCACUUCCAAGAGGCUGGUCAGGUAUAGCGGUACACACAAGCUAGCGUCUCUCUCUUUCUCUCUCUCUUUUUCUCUCCUCCCUUGUGACUUGCAGUACUUCCUUCGACGGGACCGGUGUCGGCAAGUUAAUGUCGGUCCGGGAGGUACACGAGAAGGUGAUGUCGUAAAGUGUUAGUGUCGUAAACCAGGUGCGGUGAAGGGGAGGGAGGACGCGGAGGGGGAGAGUGGGUGAGAGAGGAGGUGACUCUCCCGCACCAUUUAGACACAACGAAAGGAUCAUGGCGGAUGGCCCCAGGUGUAAGCGCAGAAAGCAGGCCAACCCGAGGAGGAACAACGUGACCAACUACAAUAAUGUGGUGGAAGCUGGCACAGACUCAGAUGAUGAGGACAAGUUGCACAUCGUGGAGGAGGAAGCCAGCCUGGCGGACGGGGCGGACUGCGACAGCACCCUACCAGACGACGAGCACCCCAGGGAGCACUGGGAUGGAGUGAAAGAAGACUGUGUGUCAGACGGCGAGGAUGACGUGAGCACAGACGCUUUGGUGGAGGAGAUGCUGCAGCAAGGGGACACAGCAGUCAUUUACCCAGAGGCCCCGGAGGAUGAGCUGCAACGCCACGGGACUCCGGACGGCGGCAUUCAUGAUGAAAAUGGAACUCCCGAUUCCUUCUCUCAGCUGCUCACCUGCCCCUACUGUUCACGUGGCUACAAGCGUUACAGCUCCCUGAAAGAGCACAUCAAGUACCGGCACGAGAAGACAGAGGAAUGCUUCAGCUGCCCCGAGUGCAGCUACACUUUCGCACACCGCGCACAACUGGAGAGACACAUGACGGCCCACAAGCCAGGAAGGGAUCAGAGACACAUCACACAGUCGGGAGGCAAUCGGAAAUUCAAGUGCACUGAAUGUGGCAAAGCGUUUAAAUAUAAGCACCAUCUGAAGGAGCACCUACGCAUUCACAGUGGAGAGAAACCCUAUGAGUGUUCCAACUGCAAGAAGCGGUUCUCCCACUCGGGCUCAUACAGCUCGCACAUCAGCAGCAAGAAGUGCAUCAGCCUCAUCUCUGUCAACGGAAGACAACGACAGGGCAACAACAAAUCCCAGACCCAGGUUCAGACUCCAAUCCUUCCCACAUCACCCUCUGUCCUCCGCACGCAGAUUAGAGAGAAGCUAGAGCACAGCAAGCCCCUACAGGAGCAGCUGCCCCUCAACCAGAUCAAAAGCGAGCCUAUGGACUAUGAAUACAAACCCAUGGUAAUGACAUCCCCAGCUGUGGCUGGCAUGAAUGCUGGCGUUUACAGCGGAGGGGCUGCAGCUCCUCUGCAGGGCACAGUGCAAGCUGUGGUCCUGCCCACGGUGGGGCUGGUGUCACCCAUCAGCAUCAACAUAGCAGACCUCCAGAAUGCUCUCAAAGUGGCCGUGGACGGUAAUGUUAUUCGCCAAGUCCUGGAAAGCAACGCCAAAGGCCAGGGCCAGGCCAACUUGGGGUUAACCACUGGAACGCUCCAUCCUUCCCAGCAGCAGCUCAUCUCAGCCAUCAGUUUGCCUAUUGUGGGUCAGGAUGGCAAUGCAAAAAUCAUUAUAAACUACAAUUUAGACCCCAACCAAGCCCAACUUGCAGCGCAAAACCUUAAGAAAGAGCAUGAACCAUUUUCAACUGCACAGCCAACCACAGAGCCGUCCAAGUGUCAGAAACUCCCUGAAGAUCUGACCGUCAGAAGCAAGAGGGCCACUGAUACAAAAGAAGAGGAUAAAACCACUAAGACUUGUCUCCUGUGUGAUAGUUGUCCUGCUGGGCUGGAAGCACUCCAUGCCCUCAAACACUGCAAUAAGGAGAGUCUCAGACUCAAUGGAGAGUCUGCUGUUGCUGCCAUGCUGUCAGAGGGAGGACUUUCCAGCCAGCCCAAGAACCUCUUGUCCCUGCUCAAGGCCUACUUUGCCUUAAAUGCAGAGCCCAGCAAGGAAGAGCUGGCCAAGAUCUCCGACUCAGUCAGCCUACCAAUUCAUGUUGUCAAAAAGUGGUUUGACAAAAUGCAGGAGGGUCAAAUAUCACUUGGUGCCCCAACACCCCCUUCAGAGGAAGAGGAUGCCUGCGAUACCAACAGCGUAGUAUCGCUGAUCCAGGGGAAGGGGAUGGCCUCCAUGAGUCCUACUGUGACUCAGGACAGUCCUACAGAAGCAACCCCAGCGGAGGUCAAUGGCUCCCACAGCUCUCCGGGCUCUCCUUUACCACUAAACCCGAGCGGUGACGGUCUCCUUCAGGACCGGACCCCUCACAGCACUGACGCACCACUGGACCUGUCCCUGCCAAAGUCUGACAAAGAGGAAACUGAGGGCGUGGUUGUAAAAUCCCGCAAUUACCCCUCACCUUCCUCAUUCCGUACCAAUCUGGAUGAACCGUUGAACUUAACUUGCACAAAGAAAGAUUCGUCGCCACUCUCAUGUGUGGGCUCCGGCCCUGUCGCACUGUACGCCAGUCCGCCAAGUGCCAAACCCCUCAAUAUUGUGACCACUCAACUCCCCACGCUGGUGGCCAUUGCCGACCAGAGCCCUAUGCAAUGUCUAAGGGCACUGACCACCAAUAACAAACAGACUAUCCUGAUCCCUCAACUGGCUUACACCUAUACCACUACAGCUAGCAGCCCUGCCGGAACCGAAACGCAGGAAACCAUCCACCUCAACGGAAUCAAGGAAGAGAAGCAGGACACAGGCUCAGAGGGCACGUCGGCCAUGGAGGAACACAACGACUCGGACUCGGGGCCUCUGAGGAAGAAGAUGAAGAAGACGGACAGCGGCAUGUACGCCUGCGACCUCUGUGACAAGAUCUUCCAGAAGAGCAGCUCACUGCUCAGACACAAAUACGAACACACAGGGAAACGACCACACGAGUGCAGCAUUUGCACCAAGGCUUUCAAACACAAACACCACUUAAUCGAACAUAUGCGCCUCCACUCGGGGGAGAAACCCUACCAGUGCGACAAGUGCGGCAAACGCUUCUCCCACUCGGGCUCGUACUCCCAGCACAUGAACCAUCGCUACUCUUAUUGCAAGAAGGAGUCUCAGAGCCAAGGCGGAGGCAGGGAGAGCCCGGACGAGGACGCCCUGAGACGGGCGCGGGGCUCGCAACGCGCUCCCUUCCAGAUGGACUCGGACGAGCGAGGGAGCAGCACCAGAGAGGACGAGGAAAGCGAAGAGUUCGAGGAGGAAGAGGAGGAGGAAGGCGCGGUCGACAUGGAUGACAUCCAGGUGGUGCAGAUAGGGGACGAGGGAGGGGAUGACGACAACCAGGCCGAGGAGAAGACGGCGGAGACCGAGGAGGAAGCCGACACGAGACAAGAACACGAAGAGGAGGGAGGCGAGGCGGCGGGGGAUGAGGCGAUGGACGGAGAACAAGGCGUGGCGAGCGAGAGAAAAGACGAGGUCAUGAGAGAGAGCGGGGGCGAAGCGAACGCAGCUUGUGAAGAAAAUGAGAGGCAGGAGAAAGGAGAACGUGACUGAAAGACGAGAGGAGCCAUCAGACUCCUGCUCACUCGUGACAGCUUGCUUCAUUCAGUUCACUACUGUGUAGAGAUCCAGGUGUGCCUGAAAAUUGAAAACAAACAAAAAUACUGGUGACUUUUCCACAGGGGAAAAAAAAAAUUUCUCAAAUCCAUUUGUAAAGAGAAAAAUAUGAAGAAUGCAAAUUUUACUUAAGGAAGGAAAUGCAUUAUACAGACUUUGGAAGCUAGAGCCGACAAGUUUUAGAUAAUGUUUUAUUACUAAAACACCUUGGUUCAUUUCUUUGUAUCAGUGUUACUAAUUUUGCCACUCAUAUUUUAACCCUUAAAUGCUGUACAGUUGGGAGAUAUUUCUAUACCUUUUUAUUGCUAAUGAACAUGAAAAAAGUCAGUAUUUUAUUAAGUUGGAAGGAAAAUAAGACAAAUCCUGUGCACUACAAGCGGCUUGGUUUACGUGAGGAUCGAGCAGUUCAGUUGUGUUUUCUACCCUUCAGUAUUAGCGCACUCGAGAUACCACAACGUCACGCUUAUUUUGGUUUCUACAAGUUUUCCGAUCGGAUUGUGAGCCUUAAGAAUAAAAACAUCGGUGAGAGGACGGGUCUUUACAGCCAUUUAGACUUUUCAGGGGACUUUUUCUGUACAAAUUGACAUUUUGGGACAAACGCUUAUUCGCAUUCUUUCUCACACAACCACCACAGGCCAACUAAAGAGAGACAAAAUAUGACAAACCCAGACAAAAAAUUACAUUAGCAAUAGUAUUUUUAUGAGAACCAGGGAAGAUUUGUUUUUUUUUGUUUUUUUUUAAUUUGUUAUUAUUUUUAAGUAUUAAGGCAACACUCAAUAGAGAAUUCCAAAGAUAAAGUUGAAAAUAGAAGCAUGAAGUUGUAAUACUGUAUUUGCAGCAGGAAAACAAAGAAUUAUAUGAAGAUUAUAAUUACCAGAGUUAAGUCAAAACAAUAUGGGAAUAAAGUUGGCAUAUUAUGUGAGGGAGGGAAAAAAAAAUAAAAAAAUAAUCACAUUUAAUAUUAGUCUCCAUAAUGUUGUUCUUGGAAAAGAACUCCAGACGCACAGGUCUAAGUUGCAUCAACAUUUGUGUGGGAAUUUUGACAUUGACUCAAAAAACAGCAUAUUUGUCAUAUUACAGUAUUGCUGCUUAAUUCUUGUAACAUUGUGACAUUUUAAUUUGGUAAUUUAUAACGUAAUUUUCCUAAUUGCUUUUUUUUUUUUUUUUUUUAUUUACAAAAAAAAAAAAAACAUCUAUUCUUACAAUGUUAUUACGGCUGUCUCCUGAUACUUUAUGCCAACUUUUUUUUUUGUUUGCUGCUUUUUUUCCAGUGUGAUCCAGAUACUAUACUUUUGUAUCGGGGGACCCCUGAUCCCCCCCCCCCCCACACACACAAUAGUGAAGUGUAUUUGCUUUCAUUUCCUUUUUACAAUACAGUGACAAAAUCCAAGAGAGUAGUACGCAUGCAUUUGAGUUGCCAUGGCAUUGAUACUUAUUGAAGCUGUCAAAAGGUCAACUAUAUUGUUGUUUAAAGGUUGAUUACAAACAACAAUUUUGAGCCUGAACUCUUAUCACAACGGUGACAUUUUGCCAUAAAAGAUUUGGAAGGAUGUUCAUCAUAUUUUACAUUAAUAAGCUUGUUAGUGUCCAGGGCAACACGAUCAUUCAAUAACGUUUAAUGAGUGGCCAGAGGAGGAUGUCGCAAAACCUUACAAAUCAUUGAAACGUCUUCAUUUUGUAUCUUUACAAAUGAAAUUAAGAUGCAACGUGUUUUUUGAAUUCCGUGAGGCUUUUUUUGUGUGUGUUACUUUUCUAAUGAAGCCUCAUGGACAAGAGAGUCAAUGGGCUUUUUUCCCAAAAUGUCAAAACAUGCUAAAAAUGGUUGGACGCUAGCAAAAAAAAAAGAUGGAGGGAUUUGUUUUGCUUUGUUUUACAUUUUUUAGGCAUAGAACCCCCACCUUCUGAGCCUUAUGCAAAAAUAAAGAAAAGAAACAAGUGAAAGCUGCAGAUGAAAAAGUGCCAUUAUGCUGUGGGAGUUGAGCAGCUAAGAUCAGGUAUGAGCAGAUCCCAGAUCAGCCAGUCAACGGAGUACAACCUGGCCUACUACAGUGUUACGUAGUACAACCAGAGCAUCAUUUUGGAAACGUAUUUCUUCAUUGGAGCAAGAAUUAGCACACAUGACUUCUAAUUGUUGUAAUUGUUUUUCUGCCUUCUCUAAGCUUGUUCAGUGCACUUGUUCAACACACAGCGAUCAAACGUCUCUUCAGGUAACGUAGGCAAAUUCCAGGAGUUUAAUUCAACAUGUCAGUAUUAUUUUUGACCUGUUCUUUAUUAUUUUUUUGUUCAGUUUUGUUCAGUGUGUACUGUAUGUUCAGCAGUUGCAGUAUUAUUACCCCUUCCCCAAAAAGAGAUGGGUUUGUCUGUUUAGUCAUAGAGAACUUUUAUAUUUAUGUCUUAUUUUUUUAUAUUUCUUUAUGGUUUAUUUAUUACACUAUGUAGUGUACAAUACUGUAGUUUGUAUUAAUACGAUAAUAUAUUUUAGUAUGGGAAGAAAAAAGAUUCAAAGGUAACAUAACCACAAGCCUGAAACAAAUGAGACUCCGGCAUACUGAAGUGUUUUUUUUGGGGUUUCCCCCCCCCCCCCCCCCCUUCCCCUCCAACGAAUAACCCCCUCCAAGCCUGAAAAAUUGGAACCUGUGACCUCUUUGCAUCCAUGCUCAUGUUACUUUAGUUCUCCUCUCUAGUAUGAAGCUACUGAACUUUUUGAACAAAUAAUUGUAUGUCUAAUAGCAUGAGUGUGCUGUUGUAUUGAAGGAUGAACCGUAACCACCCAAACUGUCCUGUUUGCCAAGCCAAAAUAAUAUUGUUCCAAUGCUUUUCUUUUUGUGCCAACAUGUUACUUUCUACGUCAUUGUCAAGACCAUGCCCACUUUUAUAAGCCCCUCUACCCCUUAACACCCUCAUUUUUUUUAUUGUGAUUGUUUUCUUUCUUUUCCCUUUUUUAAUGACUCCCCAUCUCACAAUAAAAUACACCAA